GGGCGGCCAAACGCGUGAGCAUGCCAUGUUGGCCAAGACUCAAGGUGUCAACAAGCUGGUAGUCGUAAUCAACAAGAUGGACGACCCGACCGUGGAGUGGUCCGAGGAUCGUUUCAAGGAAUGCACGACCAAGCUUUCUACGUUCCUGAAGGGCACGGGAUACAACCUCAAGACCGACGUCUUCUUCAUGCCCAUCGCUGCUCAGUCCCUGAUGGGCAUCAAGGACAGGAUACCCGAUGGAGUUUGCCCUUGGUACAGCGGUCCCUCCCUGCUCGAAUACCUGGACAGCAUGCAGGCCCUGGAGCGCAAGCUCAACGCGCCGUUCAUGAUGGCCAUUGCUGGAAAAUACCGUGAUAUGGGCACCAUGGUAGAGGGGCGUAUCGAAGCUGGUGUCGUGAAGAAGGGAAUGAGCCUCGUCAUGAUGCCCAACAAGGCCAAGGUGGACGCCGCUGCCGUAUAUGGAGAGCAGGAAGACGAGAUCGCGAUUGCGCAGUGUGGUGACCAAGUACGAAUGCGGUUGCGCGGCAUAGAGGAAGAAGACAUCCUUCCAGGUUUCGUGCUCUGCUCGCCCAAGCGUCUAGUGCAUUGCGUCAAGCAGUUCGAGGCACAGAUCCGCAUUCUCGAUCUGAAGUCUAUCUUGUCGGCCGGCUUUAACUGCGUGCUGCACGUGCAUGCUGCCAUUGAAGAGGUUACGUUUGCUGCACUGCUGCACUCUUUGCAGAAGGGUACCAACCGCAAGAGCAAGAGGCCACCCACGCACGCCAAGAGGGGCGAAAGCAUCAUCGCCCGCAUGGAGGUGACGGGUGCUUCAGGCGCCGUAUGUAUCGAGAGAUUCGAGGACUACCCGCAGAUGGGACGUUUCACCUUGCGUGACCAAGGACAGACGAUCGCCAUCGGCAAGGUUAUCAAGUUGAUUACUGAUGACGCAGCUUAAAUGCCUUUAGAAACGGGCGAGAAGAGCUAUAGAUGCGAAAGAUCAUUGAUGGUAUGGGAGAAAGAAAUCUGAACUGUUCAGCAGGCCAGAUAGACUUUCAGAGUCGAGACACGAAAAGAGAGGGAGGCAUUCGUGGAGAACUCCUGUAUUGCUGAGCCUGGACCAGAUGCAUUUGCCAAUAACACCCUGGCAUAAUCGCAGCCAAAAGAAGAUAAAAGUUAUCAUAUUGUCUAAACCCC